AUGCGUUUGUUAAUCCUUCUUUCGCUUGUUUGCUGCACAUUCGCUUAUGGAAAAGGGGGAUACGGAGGCGGAUACGGAGGAGGAUACGGAGGUGGAUACGGAGGUGGUAAAGGGGGAUAUGGCGGUGGAAUCAUCUUCAUAGGAGGAAAAGGAGGAUACGGUGGUGGAUACGGAGGAGGAUAUGGAGGCUAUGGUGGUGGAUUUGGAGGAAAGGGAGGUUACGGAGGUGGAUACGGAGGUGGAUACGGAGGAUAUGGUGGAUACGGAGGAGGAAAGGGAGGUUACGGAGGUGGAUACGGAGGAUAUGGUGGUGGAUAUGGAGGAGGAAAGGGAGGUUACGGAGGUGGAUACGGAGGAUAUGGUGGUGGAUACGGAGGAGGAAAGGGAGGUUACGGAGGUGGAUACGGAGGAUAUGGUGGCGGAUACGGAGGUGGAUACGGAGGCUAUGGUGGUGGAUUUGGAGGAAAGGGAGGUUACGGAGGUGGAUACGGAGGCGGAUACGGAGGAUACGGUGGCGGAUACGGAGGUGGAUACGGUGGAGGAUACGGAGGUGGAUACGGUGGAGGAUACGGAGGUGGAUACGGAGGCGGAUAUGGCGGUGGAUACGGAGGCGGAUAUGGCGGUGGAUACGGUGGCGGAUACGGAGGCGGAUUUGGCGGAUUUGGAAAAUCUGUCAAGACAUAUUAUUAA